AUGUCUCCAAGAAGCCUUCUCGCUAUUGCCUCCAUCGCGACCCUUUCCGGGUCUGCCCUCGGUAGCCCGGCUGUCGCGGCUCGCCACUAUACCACCACAGCCCUUCAUACGCCCCUGACUACCAUUUGCACGGGUGGGGAUGACUCGAGCUCAGUCUCAACGGCCCCAACAUCCGAGCCUCAUGAGACUCAGCCCAGCAGCAAAGACUAUCCCACAACGUGCCUUCCCUCCCUGGGCACCACCUUGAUCUCGACCGUGACCGUAACAGCAAACGCAACCUGCGCGUCCCUAUCUCUGCCGAUACCCUCAACAGUCACUAUCACCGCCACGGUAACCGCAGACAAGAACUGCACAGCGCCUACCUCCCCUCCGGCCUUGCAGUGCGACAAGUACGGCUAUCUCAUCCAGCACGCUGACCUGAUCCGGGUCGACCUCGAGACCGGCAGCAUCAAGAACAUCGCCCAGAAGAUCGGCGACGGCAGCGAUAUCAACGGCAUGGGCUACAACCCGCUCGACAACUACCUCUACGCCCGCCAGGGCGGCAAGAACAUGCUCGUCCGCAUCGCCUCGGACGGGACCCUCACCGAGGUCAUGAAGAUGCCCACCAACGUCGGCGAGUACUGCGGCGACAUCGACGACGACGGCUACUACUGGUACAGCACCGGCGGCGCUGACUGGCAGCAGAUGGACCUGCGCCCCGGGUCCCCGACCUACGGCAAGCUGCUCGGCAGCGGCAAGUUCGCCGCGGGGGGCUACCGCGCCCUGGCCGACUGGGUCUUCCUGCCCUCGCGGGGGCGGUACCUGUACGGCUUCUCGAGGGCGACCGGCAGCGGCAGGGGCACGGACCUGGUCCGCUUCGGCAUGGACACGCACAGGUUCGAGACGGUGCGCAACUACCCGACGCUGAGCGGCGGGUUCGGCGCCGCGUACGGCAUGGACGACGGCAGGAACGCUACGCUCUUCGCGUCUGACAACUCGAGCGGCUUCAUCUGGAAGAUCGAGCUGGCCGCCGACGGCACCACCGGCCAGCCGAUCAAGUCGGCCAAUGGGCCCAAGACCAGCUCCAACGACGGUGCUCGUUGCGUCCGCAACAUUCUGUAG